GCCGCCGCCGCCGUCGCCGCCGCCUCCGCCGCCCUGCUCCUGGACCAUGGCCGGACCGUCCUCCCCCGGCCUUGCGCCUCCCGGCUCGCCGCCGCCCUAGGCCAGCAGCGAGAUGCAGAAACAAAGGCUCAGAGAGGCUGUGUGUAUGUGUGUCCCGGGUGACCCAGCCUGGAGACUGCAGAGCUGACGUGUGAACCGAGUGAGCCGAGCUGGGCGCUGGGCACAGGUAGAGUUCGAACUCAUGGUGAUCCUCCUGCCUUUGCCUUCCGAGUGCUGGGAUUAAAGUUCCUGCCCCCUGAGGUCUGUUGCCAGGCUGAGUUAGUGAAUGCUGUCUGGCACACAGUAGGAACUCUCACCAUCAUUUCCAGAGUCAAGGGCAGAAGCUCCGAGGCUGCCUGUGGGGGGCCUGUCAGUACUGGGGGCCCUGGCUCACCACCAUGAAGUUGAACGAGCGCAGCUUGGCCUUCUACGCGACAUGUGAUGCCCCCGUGGACAACGCAGGCUUCCUGUACAAGAGGGGCGGGAGUCGGCGCUGGUUUGUGCUGCGAGGCAACAUGCUCUUCUACUUCGAGGACGCGGCCGGCCGCGAGCCGCUGGGCGUCAUCCUGCUGGAGGGCUGCACGGUGGAGCUGGUGGAGGCCCGCCAGGAGUUUGCCUUCGCCGUGCGCUUCCCGGGCGGCCGGGUCCGGCCCUACGUGCUGGUGGCUGACAGCCAGGAGGCGCUGGAGGGCUGGGUGAAGGCACUGUCGCGGGCCAGCUUCCACUACCUGCGUCUGGUAGUGCGGGAACUGGAGCAGCAGCUGGCGGCCAUGCGUGCAGGAAGCCCAGCCUCGGCCUUGACCCCAACCCCGGCCUUGACCCCAACCCCAGCCCCAGUCCUGCGGCCCAAGGAGAAUGGCCGGGCAGCCUGGAGCACACAGCCUGAGCUGUUGGCUGUCCCAGAGGGCCCACCAUUGCCACCUCGACGCCAGGCCUCAGCACCCAAUGGCCCCCUAGCCUUGGCACCCUUUGCCCAGCUGCAUGAGCGCUAUGGGCAGGAGGUGCGGGCCCUCAGGAGCCAGUGGCGGAGAGGCCAGCCUAGUCCAGAGACACCCUGGAGUCCCUCAGGUUCUAUUGGGACUCAUGUUCCUGCCCCACUGUGACAACUGUAGUAACUCUGAGGGAACCCUGGGGUCUCAUAUCUGAAGGAAACCCUGGUCUUAGCAGGUCCUGAGGGUCCUGGACUUGCUCUGAGCAGUGCUGGGUUCCCAGGGGAUGAAAGCCCAAGCCCAACAUCCAGACAUCCACAGUGGCUAACACUGAGGAGAAGCCAGGGCCUGCUCAAGGUGCCAGAGUGGAGCAUUCGGCUUCCCAAGUGGCCAUGUGACCCAGACAAAGCCUUCUGCUGGCCACAGGCCAGGGCCCUGCCUGGGUCCUGACCAGGAUCUCUUGGCUGUUGACUGAAAUGCUGACGUGGGCCUGACCUGCCUUGGAAGCAUCAGGUGCAGGGCAGCUGCCAGGAAGGUGUCAGUGUGAACUGGCCUGGUCCCCAGGGUGCUUGGCCUGGAACAUGCCGAGACAGGACUUUGCCCAGGCCCUGCCAGGCCUUAAGGCGGUGCCCCUAGCAAGCAGGCAGAUAGCUCUGGGCCCUCACACCUCACCUGACACUCCUUCCCGCAACUUCCAGUGCUGGGGCCUGGGGUUGCCUGACCCGAGGAGAUAGGCCUUGGACUGACUGAUCACCUGCCUGUCUCAGGAAGGGGAACGCAGCAGCUGCAGAAUGGUGCUCCCUCCACCCAGGCCCUCGUGUCCCCUGGGGACGGCUCUCCCUGCUGGCUCUGCUCCUCAACCCACCACAGUGCCACUCCUCAUCCGGGAUGUUGAGGGUUAAUACCCGCCUCACCUUGGUCACGUUUACAGUUCUCAGUACCUCACCCAGGGACACCUGAGGACACUCACUCCAACGUCUGCUUGCCCAAACCAACUCCUCUCUGGAUGGACAGAUUCACCCUGCUGUUUGACAGACCCUAGGUUGGGGAUCUGUGGGGAACUGUCUUGUCUUAGGACCUCAUAGCUCCCUGCUGGCUCAGGGGCUGGGGCUUGGCUGGGGUUUUAUUUUUAAGAAUGUAGAUGUUUGAUUUUGCUUUCUUUUUGUCUGGCAACAAAGCUUAGGUUUUGUUUUUUUUUUUUUUUUUUUUCCCUGCCACUUUUGUUCCUGUUGGCUAACCAGGACGGAUGGCUCCAAGCUUGGGUGGCAUUGUCUUUGGGGAACAGGCCCGCUGUAGACGCACAGGCGCCUGCUGAGGGCAGCUGACUUGGUCCUCCCCUUUCAUGUUCUGACCCUGGAGCUCUGCUUUCGGCACUGGUCCCUCUGGACCUUGGUACGUCCCAUCUCUCCUCUCUGAGUCACUGUGCGCUCAGGACAUCUUGGCAGAGCCCAGCUGGAGGACUGGGGUAGACCCCAACCUGGGACAGGUUUACAAACUGUAUGGUACAGAAGUCCUGGUCCUCAGGGGCAGGACUUUCCCCUUCCUUCCAAAGCACAAGUUGGGGGUCUCUAGCUACCUCUGAGCUGGGGAUGGCAUAUAAGGGUCAAAAUAAAAGUUGGUCAAAUAAUG